UGGACCAGGAGGAUUGCACAGACAGGCUCCCCUAACUCGCCGUGAGGCAAGAACAACUUCAGGAACUGCCCACGCAUGCUCUCAAACCAGCCAUAAUCACGCCCAGAAUAAUGUAGUGUCUGCGAGUUGAAGAACAUCUUCGCUUGUUCUCGUUCACAUUUGUAUAUGGUAACCGAUCGCAACAUAUAGCAACCGUGGCGCUGUUUUUCUGGAACAGAACUGGGGAUGUUGAUAUGAAGAUGUUAUAUUGCUGUUAAAACAGCAUACUGUGUGUUUUAUAGAAAGAGGAGCUGACAACGUCUAUGCAAGCUAUAAGAGCAACAGGCCUCGCAGUUUAGCAUAUAUAUUCGUGUUACUUUUUUAUCAUUAAUGUUCUGUAGUCAGAAUGGGGUGUUCUUCUAGUACCCAAACUACAGCGCAAGGAAACAGACCGAACAGUAAACCAGAGGAAAGCAAUGGAGCCGGUGCUAUGGCGAAGCGGACUGAGAAUGGCGCUGGGGCGGAGGACAGCGAGACCAUUCCAGACCCGGUCCAGCUGCCCGUUCAGAACGCCGGCCCCGAGGCCCAGGCCGCCGCGGCCGGGGAGACCGCCCAGGUUGCCGCGGAGACCAAGCCCCCGGCAGAGGAUGCUGCCGCCGCCCCUGCGCCUGCAGAGGAGGUUAAAGGUGCACCUGCUCCGGACUCUGCAGCGGCCGUAGAAGGGGCUAAGGGAGAGUCUGAGGCAGGGGCGAAGACUGCGGACCAGGCCAAAGCCACAGAGGAGGCACCUGCCAGCGCCUCUGAGCCGGCCCCUGAACCUGCACCUGAAUCUGCCUCUGAGCCGGCCCCUGAAUCUAAACCUGCACCUGAGCCUUCACCUGAAUCUGCAUCUAAACCUGCCGCUGAAUCUGCCCCUGAAUCUGCAUCUAAACCUGCACCUGAGCCUGCUCCUGAAUCUGCACCUGAACCUCCCUCUGAUCCUGCCCCUGAGUCUGCCCCCAAGGCCCAGGAGAAAGCUGUGGAAGAAUCGGAGACAAAGGAAGCAGGAGGUGCCGAGGCAGCAGCUGACCAAUCGGAAUCCGCAAAGGCGGAAUAAGCACCUGCCCUGACGCGUUUGGUCGAGAGAACAGGAGUGAAUGGAUGCAAAGAUGUUACAGAAAGUCAAGUGAGAGGACGAGGGACAUCGUGAAGAGCAACCACUCUGAAAAGCACCAGAGAAAUACUUCCGUUUGCCUGUUGCCACGAUGCAGACCAGCGGAGUGCUCCACCACUGUGCCUUUCUUUCCUGUGAAUCUGUGUGAGGGGUUGGGAAUGGGUGCUUCUAAUUUUGUAAAAAAUUUCCUGUUAAUCAAUAUACCCUAGUUUCAUGGUUUGCAAAAAACAAAAAUGAUCAGGAUUGUUUCUGGACCCCUCUGCUUUUGAAUGAUACUUUACAUUUGAGACGGUUAAAUUCAGGCAAAUUAUUACUUGUGGGAGAAUACAUUAAAUACCAGGUUCCUGUGAACUGAAAUCUUGUUGCCACAUUCCACAUAACAUUGUGGAACCAACCCUGAGCUUUCAGAGUUUAUUCACUUUCUUAUAUAAAUCCUUAACUACUCCACCAAUGUUCUCGCAUGUGGAGUGUAAGCCAAGCAUGCUACUGCUUUAAAUGAAGAGCUGUUUUUAAUCUCUCCAGUGGUGUCCUGUUCAGGAUUGAGUCUGAUUGGUCAAGCUAAUUAGGUGCAUAAAUAAUAGAUUCAAUACAAAAAUGCUAUUUUAGAUAACUUUAUAAUCCACUUAGACCUAUACAACUGUUCAUUUGUAAAGCACUCUCACAUAGGGACAUAAUUACAUAUGUGCCUGUGAAAUUCAGUGUAACAUUCUGCUUGAAUGUUUGAUUGCCACAUUUAGUUAGUCGUCCACUGAUUGGAACAGAGAGCAGAGGGUCCUUGAAGUUUUUAAUGGGUAGCUACUGCAGCGACGGAUAUCACCCAGGCAACUGAACCGCCUAACCUUGCAGAAGGCACUUCAGGAGCGGGACGCGUCACACUGUAGAAAGCAAUCCACCAAUCAGAGCGUGUGGAGUGCUAAGGCCUUAAAGCAAGGCUGUUCCCAAGUGAGGAACCCACUGCUAGAUCACCUUCCAGCAAAGUGCUGGACUGCUUCAGAAAAUACUCAGCUGUAUAAAUUGAUACCGUGUGUGGGUGGAAUGACAUGUGAAUGCUUGGUAGGUUGGAUAAGGAUGUCUGCCAAAUAAAUGAGUGGAGGUGACUGUGUACAAGGCAGUCAGUGCUGCUUAGAGAGAACUCUAAAAUCUCCAAAUUUGUGGGGCUGUAGUACUGGGUCACCUGGCUUAGCAUAACAUAUGGAUAUACAACGAACUAGUACACUGUACAGUGAUAGAUAAUAUACUAGUUUACAGCACUGCAGAUAAUGUAAAACACUGAUUACUGUACAGUUGUGUAGAUAACACUUAGAUAAUACAUUUUACAAUGCUACAGGUAAUGUGAAAUUGACCAUAGACGGUCUGCUCAUGAGCCGACUGAAAUGGACCAGGUCAGCGGCUUCACACAAAGCUCCUAACUGUACCAGGGACUGAGACCAAGGACUUCACCUCCUCAGUGUUCAACAGAACAAAGGCCCUUCAGAAAAACAUCACCCGUCUAAUCUAUGUGGAUCCGACUUCUGUACAUCGACUACUUUCAUACAGCUGAUUAAAGUACAAAAUUUGAACAAGACAUUUGCUGUGCAAUAUCUCAACAAAUGUUUGAAACUGGCAAGAAAAUUUUUGUAUACAUUUCUUCCACUGAUGUCUUUAAUGGACUUUCGAGAUAAUGUUAAAUAAAAGAUAUAUAUGUUAAGUUACUGAUUGGGAGGUGUGGGUUAAAACCAAAACACUUGUUUAUGUUGCUUUAAUUCACCAGCAAUGUGUGCAGCCAGGCUUUGACUUCAUAAAUGUGUAAUUCGACGCACCAGGUACUCUGUACAGUACAAAUAAAAACAUUCCAUUAAGAUUC